AUGCGGGGCGCAGGGGCGACGUUGCUGGCCCUUCUGGGGCUCGGCGAACUCUGUGCGCCACUGGCCGCCCUGGUCCUCGACUUCAACAACAUCAAAGGCGCUGCGGACCUGCAGAGCACGCGGAAGGGCUCGCCGUGCGCGGCGGACGAGGACUGCGGCCCGAGGAAGUUCUGCCUGGCGCCGCGCGGGGAGCCGUCCUUCUGCGCCGCCUGCCGCAGGCCGCGAAGGCCGUGCGGGCGCCGCGCCUGGUGCUGCCCGCGGGCGCGCUGCGCCAACGAUAUGUGUGCUCCCGUGGAAGACUCAAGCCCAGUGCUGGAAAGCAGGAUCGAUGAGCUAGACGACAUACACGCCACAGGACCGACUGAGCACCCAGUGGAGGAGAGCAAACCCAAGAGGAAGCCAAAUACCAAGAAAUCACAAGGCAGUAAGGGACAAGAAGGAGAAAGUUGUCUUAGAACUUCUGACUGUGGCCCUGGACUUUGCUGUGCUCGACAUUUUUGGACUAAGAUCUGUAAACCAGUCCUCUUAGAGGGGCAACUCUGCUCUAAGAGAGGUCAUAAAGACGCUGUACAAGCCCCAGAAAUCUUCCAGCGAUGUGACUGCGGUCCUGGGCUGGCCUGUCAAAGUCAAGGCAGUUGGCAGCAUGGAAGGUUAAGAAUAUGCCAAAAGAUACAGAAAGGUGCAACUAUCCCGCCAUAA